UCCUCUCUGUUAGCUGUUUAUAUUCCGAAUCUCUUUCAUGACCGCUUACGUUUAAUUCUUACAGCUCGGCCAUUCUGACAUUACAUUCGUUCCGAAUGUACCGAGUCUUCAUCUAUCGAAAAUUUAUCCGAAACUUGGAGCUUCUGCUCCAAGUGGCCGAGCUGUAAGAAUUAAACGUAAGCGUUUAAUUCAUGAAAGGUCGUUCACCUUUGAACGAUAGACACGAAAUUGGAGUACUUUAAUUCCCCGAAUUUGUUCAUUUCAAACAAUACACAAACGACACACAAAUCGACUGAAAUCUCCCUGUCAGGUAACAUAGGCUCCUCUCUGAGGUAACACAUGGGCUAUAUCUCACUUCUGAGCUGAAAGAUAUUUAUUAGAUUCGGAAAAAUAAACCGAUUGGAUUUGAACUCGAGAUCCCUAUUACCAAGUCCGCGACCGCGACGAUUUCUCUCUGUUAGCUGUUUAUAUUCCGAAUCUCUUUCAUGACCACUUACGAUCGUCUAAUUCUUACAGCUGCAUGAAUUUUGUAUUAACUAAAUUUCUCUUAUCAAAGGUUGCAGCGUUCUCUUAUUAUGAUUAGAUUAAAUUAAGGCGUCAAAAAUUUUUUAUUAUUGCUCUAGUAAAUGCUCUAUUAAUGCGCAAAAGAGCGAAUCUUCGUCUAAUUUUCUGCACGCAGCAUCGUCAAGCAUUUGUAAGAGGGGACAAAUAUUCCGUCGGCCUAAUUUUAGAAUCCGUCGCAUUCGCGUCUCCGUUUCGCGACGAGAGAACAGGUACCACGAAUGUUUUUACGUUAAACAUACGACCGAUCAGUCCCGAUAACCAUUAGCGGGAAUGUCUCUGACGCAAAUGGGAAAUAUCUCGCUCGACGAAUUUCGCCGUGCCGUGCAUGACGCCGUCUCGCAGGAUGAAUCACUCACAAGUCGAUUCGCGAGAUUCUCUGCAUCAGGUGAUAGGCGAGGAAUGGUCGAGAUGCUUAUGGAAAUGCCCUACGUGACGGGUUUGAAACCGGACAACUCGUACCAGGGUAAGGACGACGCGCGAGCCGCGCGGCUGUACGAGAAGUCGCUCACGGCGACGACGGAGCCCGGAGACGAGCGCACGGAGGAGAUUAGAACCUGUAAUAUUCUCACGCAAGCACUGUUUGCAGCCAGUGCGAACGGUAGAGUGUUUCUAGAUGCGAUCUGCGAGCGUGCUAGGCGCUCUUACGGUCUGCGCGCCUACGCGAACUGCCUGCGAGACUGCGAAUGCAUGUUGGCGCUUCCUGCGAGUUUCUAUGACGACUCCGCGGAGAACGUUAAGCACUUCGUGCAGCGUAGGAAGGAGUGCUUUCAACUAGAGCGAGAGUGCUCCCGUAAGUUGGAAGCCGCGUCCUCCAGAAAACGCGGCGGCCGUCGAAAGAUAUCCUUCGCCUCCUUCUCCUCCUCUCGUUCUUCUUCCAGCGGCGCAUUGCCCACCGUCGAUGGCAAGGCGCACGGCUAUCUCACGAGCUGUCCGGAUAGCGUCGAGCUGCGGCUCGACCAGACCAGGGGCCGGCAUCUCGUGGCUACAAGAGACAUCAGACCGGGAGCUGUACUCAUUGUCGACCGGCCGUUUUCCUUUAGCACAGAUGCACCAGCUCUCGGCAGGAAUUGUUUGCAUUGCCAUGCCACACUUAAAUUAGAAGACAGCGUUAGAAUUCCGUGCCGUGAUUGCCAAACAGUAUCCUUUUGCACGGAAACAUGUCGCAAGGAAGCAUGGGAGACGUAUCACCGAUACGAAUGUCCGGUAUUUAAUUACUUUUUCAAAAAUUCCUCGAAGAAUCUCAGCGAAGAAUCUCAGCAAACGUCUUACUUCUUGCUGGCUUAUCGCACGACUAUUGUACAAGCGUUACGAAACAAUGCAGAGACAACAUGCGCUUUGAAUCCCGAUUUUCUACGAUAUCAUGCUAAUGGCAAUGCGAAAGACAAAGAUGACGACAUUGGCAAGGAAUGCGCAGAUUUGGGAUCGAAGAAGAUUUACAAUCCUCUCGAUUACCGGACGGUCUUCCAACUGGAGACCCACUGCACCGAUAUGGAACCACAAGUGAAUCUUAUUCGCACCAUUGAUGCGAUCUUCUUCGCGAAAUGUUUAACUUCUGUUUUAAGCAAACUGGACAUUGUUUGCACGAGAGAAAUAUUCGUUUCCUUGGCCGUGGCUAUGUUGCAUCAUUUGCAAGCAAUCAUUUGCAAUGCAUACGAGAUUGUUGAGAAUGUUCGCGACGAGAUGACACACGUCUGGGAGCCCAGGAAUAUCGGUGGCGCGAUUUAUACAACGGUCAGUCUCGUGAAUCAUAGCUGUUAUCCCAACGUGGUUCGCCAUUCAUAUCCGAACGGAACAGUCGUGGUCAGAGCAUUGCGGUUCAUCGGCAAAGGAUGCGAGAUACUCGAUUGCUACGGACCUCACUUUUUCAGGGAGAGCAGAUUGAUCAGACGCGAAUUCUUGUGGAAAAAAUAUCGAUUUCUUUGCGCAUGUGAGGCUUGCAAGCAAAACUGGAAGUUUCCGCUAUCCGAAACAACGAAUUAUAAAUGCACGACGUGUUCGGAACCGAUGAACCUCUCGAUAAUAAAUGCAACAACCAAUCAGCAGUGUGCCAAAUGUGAGAAGACCAUUGAUUUAAAGAGAAUCGAAAAACAAUUUCGUAAAUCGGUUCAAAAAAGAUUGGACGCUGUCGCGAAAAUGUAUCAGGGGGAUUAUAGAGGCGCGAUGCCUUUGCUAUUUGAACAUGUGAACUUUGUUAAUAAAUAUUUAGCCGAACCAAAUAUCGAAGGUAUCAAAACAGAACAGUGUAUCGUCCAGUGUUACAACUCUCUUGGUUCUAUUUCCGUGUAAUACUCUCUUAAUCAAUUCAUAACAAUUAUUUAUAGUAAUGAAACGAUUAAUUCAAUGUUUCUUCUACAAUUUUGUGAAAAACACAAUACAAUUUGCUAAAAAUAUAUAUGUAUAUAUAGAAUACUUUCAGUUUUCUAUUUAAAAAAAAAGUAUGCAAAUAGUAGAACUAAAAAAUACACGGAAUAAUAAUUUUCAA